AUGCGGUGGGCGUACUUUGCCCACAACAAAGAUGUCGCGGAAUCGCCGUCGCACAGCCCAGCUCCUCUGCGUGGGUCUUACGUCCGCCCUUCCUCGCGUCACAUGACCACGAACCUGUCUCAACUACAGUUCCCGGAAGGGACCAGUCCCGGGCGUUCUCGCGUCUCUCUUUCGCUCCCCGCCCGCUGCGGGCGUCUCCGGCCGGUGAUUUGCCCGGGCGCCUCCGUGCGCUCGGCCAACGGCCUCUGA